AUGAACAUCCAGCAACGUAUCAAACAGAAAUUUCAGCGCAAAUGGUAUGAAGACCAAGUCCACUCUGAUCCUGUGUCAAUUAUUUUAUCUUCAAACACACAUGGCUCCACCUUACUAGAAAACAAUGCUACAAUCCUUGGCGAUCUAUGUGGAUCAAUGGACCGCAUACAUGCGAUCGUUCCUUCACAGCAGCUUAACAGUUCCAAUACUCCCUCACAGCAUGUGGCAUUGAUGCCUGAUAGCAUGAGCAGUCCUGACUAUGACAGGACUCAGGAGCUGCUAUUGCUAAUAUGUACACUCGACCAGAAUUUGACAGAAGUGAGGCGAGCACGAGAGGAGGAUAAGCGAGCACAAUCAGCACGGGACGAUGAACUCACCACAUUGAAGGCAUCAAUGGAUGCUAUUGUUCAACACCAGCAACAAGUAUCUGAAGAUAUGAGGGUAUGGAACCACGACCGUGCAGAUGACAUCCGUCAGCAGAAGAUGAUGCAGCAAAACUUGAAGGACAACCAGGAGCAUUUAAGCCACCUUCAGGAAGCUCAUGCCCACAAUGAGCGAGUUCGGAUCUACAGCGACCAACGGAUCAAAACAUUGGAGGACGGACGAUGGGAGGAUGGUAUCCGUAUCAGAACACUGGAAAAUUCCCUCGCUGUGGAAGGGACACGGGUCAAGCAGUUGGAGAAUUUGAUCGAAAACUCAAAGAAACAGUGUGAGGUACAGAUGGUGGUGAUACGCGAGGAGGCAGAGGUGAAGUUGAAGGACAUAGAAGCAAAAUGCAGGGAUGUGGAGGCGAAGCACGAGGCAGGGAAGAGGCUGUGGGAGGUAGAGAAGAAGGCAUAG